ACUACUUCUACUACUACUUCACCACUUCAUUACUUCUUUUUUUAGGCAACAUACUGGAACAUAUAUAUCAAGACUUAGAAAUACCCUAUUUUAGCACAAAAAGGAUGAGGUGCUUGGUCCUCCUACUCUGCUGCUUUCUGAGCUGUGAUGGGUUUCUCUUUCAAAGACGGCGUCCAGAAUCAACCUCUGCCCCACGUCAAAAUGAGAUCCAAAAGCACAAAGUCAAACCAACAACGGGCCAGUGCAAAAUGAUGCCACUGGACUUCGUCUUUGUGAUUGAUAGUUCCCGCAGCAUCCGGCCCAGCGACUACGAAAGAGUAAAAACUUUUAUCAUAAACCUGCUGCAGUUUUUAGACGUGGGACCCGACGCCACUCGCGUUGGUCUGCUCCAGUACGGCAGCGUGGUCCAGAACGAGUUUAGUCUGAACAAGUACCGCACCAAAAAAGAGGUGGAGAGAGCCGUCAAGAACAUGGAGCAUCUCGCCACUGGCACCAUGACGGGGUUAGCUCUGCAGUAUACCAUGGACACGGCUUUCACAGAGGAGGAGGGGGCACGCCCGGAGGAGCUGCUCAUCCCACGCAUCGCCAUGGUUGUGACAGACGGUAGACCACAGGACGAGGUGGAGGAGGUGGCUGCACAGGCGCGUCAGGCUGGCAUACAGAUCUUUGCCAUUGGAGUGGGCCGAGUGGAUAUGAACACACUGAAGGCGAUUGGGAGCGAGCCACAUUCAGAGCAUGUGCAUCUUGUGGCCAACUUCAGUCAAAUAGAAACUCUGAUCUCUGUGUUUCAGUCCAAACUGUGUGGAGAGAGAGACAUGUGUGAGGUGGUGGACCAUCGGUGCCAACACAUAUGUGUGAGCAGCCCAGCCUCGUACCGCUGCAAGUGCAGAACUGGGUACAUCCUAAACCCUGAUGGGAAGACAUGCAGAGCUGAAGAUAUCUGUGCUGAGGUGGAGCAUGGAUGUCAACACAUUUGUGCCAACAUCCCUAAAGGCUAUGAAUGCCGCUGUCGCCCUGGAUACCAGCUCACCAUUGACAACAAGACCUGCAACCAAAUAGACUACUGCGAUCUGGGCCUCCAUAACUGUGAGCAGGACUGUAUCAGCAUCCCUGAGUCCUACAUCUGCAGGUGUGGGAAGGGCUACGUGCUCAAUCCAGACAAACACACCUGCAGGAAGAUUGACCACUGUGCCGAUGGGAAGCAUGGAUGUGAACAGGAGUUUGAGAGCACAGACAAAGGCUGUGUUUGCAAAUGUAGGAAAGGAUAUCAACUCCGACCUAAUGGAAAAACAUGCCAAAAGAUUGACAAUUGUGCAAAAUACGGCUGUGAACAGGAGUCUAUGAGCACAGACCAUUCAUGUGUGUGUAAAUGCAGAGGGGGGUACAGACUGCGACCUGAUGGAAAAACAUGCCAAAAAAUUGAUCACUGUGCUGAUGGGACCCACGGAUGUGAGCAGAAGUUUGAAAACACAGAAACCUCCUGUGUUUGUAAAUGUAAGAAAGGGUACAAACUCAGAGCAGAUGGAAAAACAUGUCUAAGUCUGGACCUGUGUCAGACUGUAGACCACGGCUGUGAGCAUCUGUGCGUCAACACCAAUGACUCGUAUGUCUGUAAAUGUUUUGAAGGGUUCACACUUGCAGAGGAUCAAAAAAGCUGCAAAAAGCCUGAUUGCAACAGUGGUGUCAUAGACGUUGUAUUUGUGAUUGACGGUUCUAAAAGUCUGGGUCCAGCCAACUUUGAGCUGGUGAAGCAGUUUGUAAGCACCAUUGUUGAUGCAUUCGAUGUUUCCAGGACAGGGACUCAUGUGGGUCUAAUCCAGUACUCCACCAAAGUCCGGACUGAGUUCACCUUAGAUCAGUUCAGCUCGGCCCGUGAUGUCAAACAGGCAGUGUCCCGGAUGCAGUACAUGGGAAGGGGGUCGCUAACAGGAUCAGCUUUAAGACACAUGUUUGAGACCAGUUUUUCACCAAGAGAGGGCGCUAGAGCCAAUGUGCAGCGUGUGAGUAUUGUUUUUACAGAUGGGAGGUCCCAGGAUGACGUGUCAGAGUGGGCUACCAAAGCAAAAGAAUCUGGAGUCACCAUAUAUGCUCUGGGCGUUGGUAAAGCUGUUGAACAGGAGCUGAAGGAGAUCGCAUCAGAGCCAAACGAAAAACAUCUGUUUUACACGGAAGACUUUGGAAAAAUGGGAGAAAUCACAGAAAAACUCAAGGAUAUGCUCCGAAUAUGCAAAGUGGAUGAGAGCAUGUGUGAAUGUGAAAACAUCAUCCUGUUCCAGACUGACGCCAAUGAGAAGUUCAAAAUGAUGAUGAAGAACAUUGAAGCUUUAACAAAGAAGGUGCAGGUGUUGGAAAAUCAAGUCGCUCGCAAAUAGACUUGUAUGACCAGCGCCGAAGAAAUCACCAUCAAGUCCAUUAAUCAGAGUAACACUUAGAGCAGGGGUGUCCAAGCUUUUUCAUCAAGGGUCACACAUCUAAUCAGACGAAGCAGAGGAAUUCAAGGGCCGUAGACUGGUGCUCAAUACAGUGAAUAAAUGGAAUACAUGCAUGUUUAACACAUUAGAAUGAGCCAUCAGCCUUUAUUCAUGCUAUGAUCCUUAAACCCACACACUAAAUAUUCAAUAUUAGCUUUAUCAAGGUAGAUUUUCAAAAAACAUGCAGUAAAAAGUUACUUUUAAUUGAUGUAAAGUAAUUUGGAUCAAGUCACCUGGAAGCCUGAGGGCCACGAAAAAUUUGUCCGAGGGCCGCAUUUGGCCCACGGGCCGUAGUUUGGACAUGCCUGACUUAGAGUCAUACUAAAACAAUGGCAAAUACAAACUAUUGUACUUAACUAUUAAUGCACUUUUAUAAGAUUGUGUGUGUAUUUUUGUCUGUAUUAUAGCAGGUGAUUUAAUAUUUUUGUACAGGUUAAUAAUAAUAAUAAUAAACAUGCUACUACAUCUCUCA